AUGAAUAACCUGGCUAUCGUGCUCGGCAAAACAGGGAAAUACAAGGAGGAAGAAGAAAUGCAUCGAUAUAUAUUGGAGCUUAGAGAGUCUGUGCUAGGUGCAGAGCAUCCAGAUACACUCAAUAGCAUGCAUGGCCUGGCUAUUGUGCUUGACGAUUCGGGGAAGCAUAGGGAGGCGGAGGAGGUCUAUCGAGAGACCAUCAAGCUUCGGACGCAAGUUUUAGGAUCGACCCAUCCACUCACGUUGCGGACGAGCAGAAAUCUCCAACAACUUUUGGAAGAUCGCAAGGAGUAUCACCCAGAGGAAGUUUCUAGUCCGAGACGGUCAUUUGACCAAGCAUUGAUAGAUCGUGAGGAGUAUCACCCAGAAGAAGUUUCUAGUCCGAAACGGUCAUUUGUCCAAGCAUUGAAAGAUCGCUUGAGACAUCACAGGGCCAAAGGCACGGGGAAAACAUCAAGGAAGUCUGCUGAUCUGGGAUAG